AUGGAUCACCCGUCGCCCACGCACAGACCCGGACCGCCGAGCACCGAGGCUCGUGAGGUGGAGCUCGAGCGCGCGCGCGCGACGGAGCGCGCGUCAUCGUCGGAACGAAGGAUGUUCGAACUCGUCUGUGCGUACGCCGACGACGACGUCUUCGUGCUCGUGAAACCGACGAGGGCGUACGUGGACGACGUCAUCGACGCCGUUCGCACCGACGGCGUCGUUCGCGUGAUUCGCGACGCGCGCGAGGGCGGACGCGAGACGAAACUGUGCGGGGAAGAGGCGCGGUGCUGUCACCGAUUGGACCGGGACACGUCGGGGGCGUUGAUCUUCGCGAGGAACGGGAACGCGGUGAAGAGCCUGGCGGGGCAGUUCGCGCGCGGGACGGUGACGAAAAGGUACGUCGCGCUAUGCGCGGUGGUGGACGACGCGGAUGAAGGGACGUGGGGGAGUGGGGAUCUUGUGAGAGUGGAAAGCGGGCACGGACGUGCGCGAUACGGCUUGUAUCGUUUGUACGACGUGAACGACGUUGAUCGCGAUUUACCGGGGAAUAAUCGCGUGAAGCGGUGUGUUACGACCAUACGAGUCGAGCGCGUGGUCGAGGGUGUGGAGUUGGAGUACUGCGAACCGGAGCGGGACGGAUCGAACGCGCGCCUGGCACUUGCUCGAUGUUCGCCCAUCACGGGACGCACGCACCAGAUUCGUUUACACUGCGCCUCACUUGGACUCCCGCUCGCCGGUGACGUACGUUAUGGUGGUCCAAUUCGCGUGAAAUCGUGCGCGAGCGCGAGUACGAGCGCGAUCGGCGACUUACCGGGCGCGCUCUUACACGCCGAAGCGAUUACUUUUCGGCACCCGAGAACCGGCGAAGAUGUCACCGUCACCGUCGAUCCCCCAGAUUGGGCCCACAUCGAAUAG